GUUUCCUGUGUGUGACUAGGUGUGGAGGAGAGGAUAUGAAUGGCAGUCUCGGUUUAAAAGUUGUUUUAAUACUAGUUUGUUAAACAGCUGUAACGUGUCAUCUAAACACGUGCUACAUUUACAGGAACAUAGAAAAUACAUCUGAGCCUGAGUGAUCAUACCACAAGGUACCAUGUGGGGAGAGCUGGUGCAGGUGCUGCGCGGAGUGGGCCGUGUCGGGAGAGCCUUCACACUCACACAGGGGGAGCAGCUGAGAAUGAGGGCCUGCAACUCCACCCUGGGGGCUGCGCUGAAGCAGACCCAGGAAUGCACAGAACACUGUCUCAGCACUGUGAUGUCGUACAGACAGGCCAGGGGAGGGGUUUUUACAGAGGGCUCCCUUUUGGAUGAGGAUUUGACUAAAUGGACUUCUGAAAUGCAUCCAGAUUUUUACACACCAGAUAACAAUGAAGAACUGAAGGAAGGCGAGGCAGUCUCACAGCAGCCUCCUGCAGGCUCCCCUGGCCGGGGCUCGGGAUUCACUAACAGCAAGACCGGGUUAGGGGGCGCUACGGGGCCCGGAAUGGGACAGACUAGAUCCUUCCACCAGGAGCCCACAGCGAGAGGACUGACGGCUGAAGACAUCAAGAAAGCCAGGGAGGCCAAGCAGGAACAGGAGCAGGGCACCCAGCACAAACCCCUACGACAAAAGCUGAGUGACCGGGCUCGUGAACGGAAAGUUCCUGCGACACGGCUAAGCAGACUGGCCAAUUUUGGAGGUUUGGCAGUAAGUUUGGGGGUUGGGGCGAUUGCUGAAGUAGCCAAGAAAUCCGUGUCAGGAGAACAGAAACCUGGAGAGACCAGAGCCCUGCUUGACUCUGUCUUCCUUUCUGAAGCCAACGCAGAGAGAAUAGUGGAUACCUUGUGUAAAGUGCGUGGAGCUGCCUUGAAAAUCGGACAGAUGCUUAGUAUUCAAGAUAACACCUUCAUUAACCCCCAGCUGCAGAAGAUAUUUGAGAGGGUGAGGCAGAGUGCAGACUUCAUGCCUGCCUGGCAAAUGACCAAAGUGCUGUCUGAGGAGCUGGGCCCUGCCUGGAGAGAGAAGCUGGCCUCGCUUGAGGAGCGUCCCUUCGCAGCUGCCUCCAUCGGUCAGGUCCACCUGGGGGUGCUGCAUGACGGCAGAGAGAUCGCCAUGAAAAUCCAGUACCCAGGAAUAGCCCAGAGUAUAAGAAGCGAUGUCAACAACCUGCUUUCUGUUCUGAAGUUGAGUGUGGUGCUCCCUGCAGGCUUGUUUGCAGACAGCAGCAUCGAUACCCUUCAGCGGGAGCUCGAGUGGGAGUGUGAUUAUAAUCGAGAGGCGGCCAGCGCCAAGAGAUUCAGGGCGUUGCUGAAGGGAGACCCGUUUUUCUGCGUGCCGGAGGUGGUUGAUGAGCUGACAACAAAGAGGAUCAUUGCCAUGGAGCUGGUGUCGGGGGUACCCCUGGACAGGUGUGUGGAUCUGGACCAGGACACACGCAAUGAGAUCUGUUCCAACAUUCUCAAGCUGUGUCUUCGAGAGCUCUUCGAGUUCCGCUUCAUGCAGACUGACCCCAACUGGGCCAACUUCUUCUAUGAUGCAGAGAAACACCAGGUGACUCUUCUUGACUUCGGAGCCAGUCGGGAGUACAGGAAGGAAUUCACAGAUGAUUAUCUUGAAGUGGUAAAAGCAGCCGCUGCUGGAGACCGGGAAAGGGUGCUGCAGAAAUCCAAAGACUUGAAGUUUCUCACAGGCAUGGAGACCAAGGUAUUUGAAGAAGCCCAUGUGGACGCAGUGAUGAUCCUAGGGGAAGCCUUUGCUUGCCCCGAGCCCUUUAACUUCGGGAUCCAGAACACCACUCAGCGGAUCCAGAGCCUGAUUCCUGUGAUGCUGAAGCACAGACUGACGCCUCCCCCAGAGGAGAGCUACUCCCUGCACCGCAAGAUGGCGGGAUCCUUCCUAAUCUGCUCCAAGCUUGGAGCUGUCAUCCCCUGCAAGGAACUGUUCGAGUCCGUUUAUAACGGCUACUGCAGCCGCCGGGACACUCACGACUGAGGGCAGAGAGUCCGUGAGAGUGCCUCUGAGCAGAACGGGCAAGAAGGACAAGCGUGUGGGUGUGUGGUGGAAGUCAUCCUCGCGUGUUGCUGCAACUGGUUAUAUAACUAACCUGUUCAAUUUUUUACACUUACAGCUUUUUAAAGUCUGUUUCAAAGCUCCUUUCAAAAAUGCCAGCUCUGUCCUCCAAAUCAGUGGUACUCAAAGUUUUUGGACCCUCCCCCCUUUCCUCUUGUCUGUGGUGUGUGACGUCCCCAUAACACAGUGGAAUGAUCACAGUACCAUGCACCAAUUUCAGGACAGUAUUGCCACAUGUGAAAACUUUAGCAAUAAAGCCAAAACGAAAAUGCUUAA